AUGCCUAUCGGAGAUGGCUGCUUGCAGGGGACCGCAACGUCGGGGAGUUCGUCGAUCAAGUGUCUUUCUGAACUGUCCAGGUCAUCUUCUGUGUCUGACAGAACCUGUGUUCACUGGGGUUGUGUACUCUGUGGUUCUCAGGCCACAACUGUCUUUAAAGCAGAUAAUUAUCUUCUGGAGAACCAGUUUUUCAUCAAAACGAUAUGUCUUAGUGAGGAGGCAGGAGAUGAGAUGCAUGUUGUGGCUGUUUGUGACUGGGUCAGUGGUCCCAAACCGUUGACCAUCACCACCCUUCGCCAUUGUAUGCAAAUGAUCAGUUUUCUUGGUUUGGAGCUUAUACCACCUGACACCUUUAAAUUGUGCUCUGGAAAAGGACCUAUGUUAAUUUCUGCUCUGCAUAUUACAUUGAAUCCUAUUGAAAUGACUGAGGGAGAGGAGGAUGAUGAAGAUGGUUACAUUUUAAACCAUGAUGAGUCCAUUGGGAAAGCGAUAAUUGUGCAGCCUAUUGAUGCCUGUUACUAA